AUGAGUAUUUUUCAAUAAAAUUUAUUUACUAAAAAAGUAGUUCUUGUAACAGGUGGAGCUACUGGCAUUUGUUAUAUAAUUGCAUAAUAAUUUUUGAAGCAUGGAGCAACUGUUUGUAUUAUGAGCAGAAAACAAAAAAAUAUCAAUGAAGCUAUAGAAUUAUUAAAAAAAGAAGCUAAUUCUAAUCUAAUAUACGGUACAACAUGUGAUGUAAGAAAAUUAGAAGAAAUAGAAAAAGCUGUAGAAUUUUUUAUCUAAAAAGCUGGAAAUAUUGAUAUUUUAGUAAAUGGAGCUGCGGGAAACUUUUUAAUUCCUUUUGAAAAAUUAUCACCUAAUGCAUUCAGAACUGUAAUUGAUAUUGACUUAUUGGGAACUUUUCUAGUUUCUAAAGUUGUAUAUUCUAAAUGUUUUAAAGGCAAAGGAGGAAACAUAAUAAAUAUAUCCGCCUUAUUAUAAAUAUGUGGUGUCGCAUUGUAAACUCAUGCAGGUGCUGCUAAAGCAGGUGUAGAUGCUAUGACAAGACAUUUAGCAAUUGAAUUAGGCCCUUAAAAUGUAAGAGUUAAUGGAAUUGCUCCAGGAUCUAUAGAUGGAACUGCUGGAUUUGAGAAACUAAUGCCUGGUAAUGAUUUAUUGAUUAAUAUUGUUGAUGUUGUACCUUUAAACAGAUUAGGAAAUAAAGAAGAUAUUGCUAAUUGUGCACUUUUUCUUGCAUCUGAGGCUGCAAGCUAUAUAACUGGACAAAUAAUCGUGGUUGAUGGAGGAGCAAUGCAUACAUUCCCUAAUUUUACUUUAUUAUCUGCGAAAAUUAGAGACUCAUUAAAAUCUAAAUUAUGA